UAUCUAUAUCCUGCUUGAUAUAUCUGUGAUUGGAUGCGAAACUAAAAGACAACAAAAAGUUAACCAUUUCCGGUAGUGUAAGCGUCUGUACAGAGAGCUGUUGUGUAGUACUUCAAUCACGGACUGUGGCUUCAUUAUUCUUUUUUAGUCGUUAAAAGCAUCACAGACGGUUACUUCAUAAAAACAAGAAGUAGACGACGGUUCACAUUUUGAAGCCAUGUCUUACAUGCUUCAGCAUCUUCACAAUGGCUGGCAGGUAGAUCAGGCCAUUCUUGCUGAAGAAGAUCGAGUAGUCAUCAUCCGUUUCGGUCAUGACUGGGACCCAUCUUGCAUGGUUAUGGACGAAACACUCUACAAGUGUGCAGAGAAAAUUAAAAAUUUCGCCGUUAUCUACCUGGUGGACAUUUCAGAGGUGCCAGAUUUCAAUAAAAUGUACGAGUUGUAUGACCCUUGCACGGUGAUGUUCUUCUAUCGCAACAAACACAUCAUGAUUGACUUAGGUACAGGAAACAACAAUAAAAUUAACUGGGCCAUGGAGGACGUUCAGGAGUUUGUUGAUAUAGUGGAAACUGUAUAUCGUGGAGCUAGGAAAGGCCGAGGUCUGGUUGUCUCUCCAAAGGAUUAUUCUACAAAAUAUCGCUACUAACAUUUUUGAAGUGUUAAAACUUAAAUGUUAAUGACAGUGGUUUCAUAUAUGUGGAUGGAUAAGUGCAUUGUCAGAAAGUUUCAUCCUGGAAAUUCCAAGUUUUCAUAACCAGUUUUGAUUUUAAUUCAUUAAAAAAAAAUUAAAAGGUUCAGGAAUUUGAUGCAUCUCUGUCAGUAUUUGCAUUGAUAUGUAACUGAUACCUUCCUCAACGGCAGCAGUUUAACAAGAUUUUGUCAUCUUGAAAAAUUAGUUCAGGAACUCCCAAGAGAAAAUUGUGUGCAGUAUAGCAAUAAAGCACCAGGUGUUAAUGUGGUUGACAUUUGAUGAUGUGUUAGGUCACAAAUCUUAGCUUAGGCCUUGUGGAAAUAUAUUUUACCAACCACCUGUGCUUCAUUCACACACUCAGUAUUUUUGAAAGGAUGUCACACUUCUGUUUCUAUUUUAUUUUUUCGUCACCCAUCACAUUGCACAUGGCUCAUGAAUUUUGCAGGGACCUUAUUUCAUGUUGCCCAUUAUUUUAAAUCAAGGUAUGCUUUGUUCAAAUCAUGUAGAAUGUGUUAAAUAAAAGACUAUCAAAUGCCUUUGGUAAAUAAAUUUGAUUUUGUGUCAUAU